GAAACUUCUCAUUCUUCUUCGGAAGUGAACACAGACGAAGUCAGACAAGGUUUAAUAAGAGCUCUACGAAUAAUACUCGCCAAUUAAAUAUCUAUUCAAGAUUAUUCAUACCAAUAUAAUAGGAAAGAGAGAAAGAGAAAUAGAUCCUUAAUGUUACACUAUAAAGACGGCGAUUGGGCGCCGCCACAUUUCCAACAAUCCUUGAAUAUUCCGGGAGGAUGACACAAGGACGAUGAUGUUGAAUUGUGUCAACAAUUAAAAUACUGUAACUGGUGUAUGCUUUCUAUUACGGAUGGCAUCACAAAGGUGAUACGAGAUCGAAAAGAGUGCAACGAACGUGAACAUUGGCGUGAAAAUAAGUGGAAUUAAAGAAAAUAAGAUGGAGAAGCACAUGACUGCUUACAUUGAUAGUGGCAAGCUCGUGACCACGGUUUGCCCGAUAAACCAUCGAGAACAAUAUAAAUUUAAUCGACCACAACUGGCCAUGUACGUGUUCAGUCCUCCGCCAGCAUGUUCAGGAACAGGAAUUACGAGACGUUCAGCGUCAACGAGCCAGACGUUUCGUCGCCGCCACCGUCUCCCAAAAAGAAUAGCGACGCGCAAGAUCUGGAAAAGGCCUCGUUGGUAGACCCGGCGCUGCAGCCGAAGAUCCAGCCAUCCACGCUGCUGGAUAACGAGAAGGAUGUGAACAAUGAUCCUGAAAAUGUUCGAACACCCAGAGGGAGCGCCGUCAGGCAAGUCGUGGCCGCGCUGGUGGCCCAGCUCGGCACCAUCAACACGGGCAUGGCAUUCGGCUUCUCCGCCAUCGCCCUGCCACAACUCCAGGAACCAGAUAGCAUCAUUCCCAUCAAGGAAGGAUCGACGGAAGAGUCGUGGAUCGCUAGCAUAUCCUCCAUCGGCACACCAAUCGGCUGUUUGGCAUCCGGCUACAUGAUGGAUAUGUUCGGUCGGAAACGUUCGCUCAUCAUUACAGAGAUUCCGGCUCUGCUCGGAUGGCUGUUGAUCGCAUUCGCAACUGACAUACGCAUGAUAUACGCCGGUCGUUUCUUUGUCGGUCUGGGAUCUGGUAUGGUGGGCGCACCGGCGCGCGUCUACACCAGCGAGGUAACGCAGCCACAUCUCCGUGGGAUGCUAACAGCGUUUGCGAGCGUCGGGGUCAGCACCGGAGUGCUGAUAGAAUAUGCUCUGGGAAGCAUAGUAACGUGGAACGUUUGCGCAGCGAUCAGCGGUAUUUUGCCACUUACCGCGUUGCUAUUGAUGUUCUUCUUCCCAGAAACUCCGUCCUAUCUCAUAUCGCGUAACAAGCCAGACCAAGCGGAAAAAGCGUUGCAGAGGUUUCGCGGCAGUACUUACAACGUGAAUCGGGAGAUGAAAACACUAGUGGAGUUCUCCAAUAAGAAUAACAUUAAACGACUCACUGGAUUCCGGGAAAUUGUGUGCGCCUUGCUAAAGCCAAGCGCGCUGAAACCGUUCACCUUAUUAUUUCUAUAUUUUUUGAUAUAUCAGUGGUCGGGUACCAACGUUAUAACUUUCUAUGCCGUUGAAAUUUUUAAGGACUCAGGAGCGAGUCUGAAUAAAUAUUUGGCCGCGGUUAUAUUGGGAGUAGUCAGACUCAUUUCCACGAUCAUGGCUUGCGUUUUGUGUAGAAGAUGCGGCAGAAGACCGCUCACGAUGGUAUCUUCCAUUGGCUGUGGCUUGUCCAUGCUAGGAUUAGGUGGAUACAUGUGGUUUAAGAAGUACAGUAUCGAGAAUGAUCUUAUACUCGUUGCCACAUGGAUCCCAGUUUUUUGUAUAUUCUCAUAUACCAUCACUUGCACUCUGGGCUUUCUAGUUAUCCCGUGGGUGAUGAUCGGCGAAGUUUAUCCCGUCCAAGUACGCGGUAUCAUUGGCGGAUUGACCACCAUGUGCGCGCACUCAUUUGUCUUCAUGGUGGUAAAAACUUAUCCGUUUCUCGCUAAUUCGCUUACUCGUCAUGGUACGUUUAUUCUCUACGGUUGUAUAUCUUUAUUCGGCACGAUAUAUUUCUAUAUAUGUCUUCCGGAAACUAAAGGUAGAACAUUGCAAGAAAUCGAGGAUUAUUUCUCUGGCAGAGGUGAUACUUUAACGACUGGCAAAAUAAGUAACAAACCAAAGGUUUUAGAAAUUAAGAAGGGCCAGAUAUUACCGUAAAAAAAGACCAUUUCAAUCGCGUAAUCUUUAGCAUCUGUCUAUUUAAAAAAAUAUAUUUUAGUUAAGAGAGAGAAAGAAAGAGAGGAACGCAUUUGCUUAUAUCGAUUAAGUUUAAAGAUAAAAACUAAAAAAAUGUUAUCUAUUUUAUUAAGGAUAUUAUAUGGGCAAAGUACUCAAAAAAUCUGACGUUUGCUUUGUGACACAAAUAUAUACUUAAAAAAAUAAGAUUAAAUAUUUUUUAAACAAUUGACAAUUAUAAGACACAAAUGAACAUAUUUUAUUUCUAGAACAUUAUUUAAACAAGUUAUCAGAGAAAAAAAUAUAUAUUUUUGUAAAGCAUAUAUAUUUGUUCAUAAAGCAUGAAACUAAUUAAAACUAUAUAUAACUAAUAAAAAAACAUUACAUUCUUGUAACAAUUAUAGGAACAUAAUAAAAUAUUAUUAAAAUAAAGUAGCAAAAAUUAAUAAAUAUAAAUUCAACUAUAAUCUUCAAAAUUUUUUUCAAUUAUGAAAAUUAUAUAUAUAUAAAAAAUAAAUAAGUAAAUUCAAUAUGCCUUAAUAAAAAAAAGUGCUAUUUAUUACAUUAUAGUAUUAAACUGUAUAUAAGUAGCUUUAUUACAUGCUAUAUAUAUAUAUGUAAGAGUAGCAUGUAAUGACAACCACUUUUAUCAGAGAAUUUAUGAGAAACAUAAAUCAGAAAUCAAUUUUUAAUUCAUGAUCAUGUCGUAUAUAUGUCAAUGAUAGCCACUAUUUUAUGGAACUAGGUCAAAAAAAUUUUCAAUAUUAUAUUUAUUAUUAUGUAUAUUUAUUGUAAAGUACAAGUAACCAAGUGUGUAAUCUGAUCAUCAUGUACAAUUUAAAAUCGAUAUUAAUAUUAACCAAUGAAAGUAUAUAAAUAUCAUUUGUUAUACAUACCUAAAUGUCUUAAUGUGAUUAUUGUUAAAUUCUAAAUUAAUGACUACAAAUGACAUCUUUUAUAAAAAAAAAAAAAAAAUGAAUUUAUCGCUCAUUUAAUAA